UACUGUGUUUUGAUCGAUAUAUCUGACAUUGCAAGCCAUUUCUGCAAGAAAGAUGCCGAGGUCCAACAGGCAAAAGGAAUACAAACCUGGAGAUCUUGUAUUUGCUAAAAUGAAGGGGUAUCCACACUGGCCUGCGAGGAUUGAUGAGUUGCCUGAAGGAGCCGUGAAGUCCCCCUCAAACAAGUACCAGGUGUUCUUUUUUGGGACACAUGAGACGGCCUUCCUGGGGGCCAAGGAUUUGUGCCCGUACGAUGAAAAUAAGGAGAAGUUUGGAAAAGCAAACAAGCGGAAAGGCUUCGCUGAGGGACUCUGGGAGAUCGAGAACAACCCCACUGUCAAGCAUGAAGCCAACGAGUCAUCGAAGAAGGAUAACGCGUCAGAAGGAGCCGGGGAUACAGGGAGUUUGGAGAAAGUGGAUGCCGAGGGCAGCAGUGAUGAGGAUGAAGGGGCCCUGGUCAUCGACGAGAAGAACGAGAGGGGAGGAAAUAAACGAAAAGCAGAGGAGUCCACAGAGGCAUCACCCAAGCGGCCGAAGGAUACAGAGGCAGAAGGUGAUCUUAAAGUAGACCGCAACAAGUCUAAAGGGGAGGCCAAGCUCAACGAUGUGGCUGGACCCAAGGCAACGGCUCCCUCCUCACAGAGCGAGUCAAAAGCAGAGGCCCAGGAAAACGCUCCAGCAGGAGACAAGUUAACAGCAGCUAAGCCUGUGACGGACAGCGCUUAACGUCAACUCUCAGAAGAAAAACCAAGAACCUUUGAUGCUUUUCUCUGGGAUUUAAGCAUCAACACGAUUACCUGCAGGAUGCCAGAUUUCAUCUGUUUAAUGAAUAGGAGCAUUUAAAAAAACUUUAGUGUUUGUAUUGAGAGACAAACAAAUCCUCAUUUGCCAUUUUUGGGAUAUCAUAUAUCCCAGAAACAAAAAAGUUUGCUAAUCUGGUUUCAAAUAAUUGAACUGAGCACUUUAAGGCUCAUUUAUAAAUGGGAUUUUGGUGUGUAUAUAUUUUUUAUUUCUAAGUGCAAUUACAUAAUUACAAAGACUGAAUGCUAGGUGUCAAAAACAUUUUUUUUUUUUUAGUUUAGAAGGAAUAAACACUGAAUAUAAUAAAAGGAGAAUAUUUCAACCACAAAAAAGAUAAAAACUCAUAUUUGAUUGUUUUAAAACGUAGAUAUUGUACAGGAAUAAGAACAAAUUUCCACCCAUGCUCUCAGCUUUCAUAAACUAAAUGUUUUACUUCCGUUUGUCUCACCUAGCUUAUCAACCUCAUCUUAAUCAUAUAUUCAGUCAUUGGAUACAGGAUGAGUUGCACUUUCAGAAUUAGUUUUCUUUUCCCGGUACCCCAUUAAUCAUUGUCUAGUUCACUGUAUGAUGUUUUAAUGCAACCCAGGUUUUGUUGCUUUGGUGUAGUGAAUGCUUCAUUGCAGGUGACCAAAUUGAACUGAUUAAUUCCACCCGAUUGAAUAUGUCAAGCCCAUUUGAGAAGAACUAUUGUAGGAUUAAAACACACACUUUGUAAAGCCCUCUGUAACUUCCUUCAGCUGAUUGAAUGUUUGUUAUUGAAAGCAGAAAGACAUUCCUGAAUGUUGUCAGAGCUCAGUCUGGAAACUUUGGAGCUUGAACUGCGGCGUUAGUCGGGGGGUAAAAGUUUUUUCACGCAACUUUUUCUGGAGAAAUUAUGUGGCAAACUUUAAAUUUCAUGUUAUUACAAGUUCUUAUUAAGCUCACGUUAAUGCUGUCAUUGCUUUAUACUGGAGAUGUAAUCCAGAAGAACGCCUAAUUGCAUUCAGUAAUUGGUUGUACCAAAUAUGUUUCUUUUUCAAAUGUAUUGCUGACAUUGGUAAUGCCAACAUAUGAUCUACACAAAUUGUCAUUUUUCUUUAAAAAGAAAUUAAAAUGAAGAAUGAAACCAUUUGUAAAACUUUGUUUUCCAACCCUCUCACCUGGAAUAUGAGUCUGUUUUACUUCAAUGGUCUUAUUAUGUUGGCUGUGAAACGAAGUUGUGAUGUUUUAAAGAUGUGUUUUAUUUCAAUAUUUGUUUCGACAACAUGUUCAAGGUGUGGUGUUUGUUAUAUUCCACUUAAGGUAAUUUUAAAGGUUCAAGUGUUUUUGUAAUGCUGGACCUGCUCACCGUGUUACUUGGAUGUCAUUGUCAUCGCUUUAGUGUUCUUGCCUGUAUUUGGCAACAUGGAUCCAAUAAUUAACCUAAAGGGGAAUCUCAGCGUUUAAAAGUGAAAAUAACCUUGACUGCUUUGCCUAAAUUGGCCACCUAUAACAUACCACUGAUUUUCAACGAUAAUAUGGUCAAAGUGGCCCGCUGGAGUCUCACGGGUAUAAUUUGGCAUUACGGUGUAAUUCUUGGUUAAGCUUUCUCUUUUCAUUUUGGAAGCUUCAUUCAUCUUAAUCUGCUGCUUAGUUUACUGUUGUAGUUGCCAGUCCAUUUAAUAAACAUGUUGAUUACAAAAAAAA